AUGCCGACAAAACGAAUAGGUACAUUAACGAGAACAGCUCGAAUACUGCUAGACUUGCGAACAGGUUUAGGGGCUGCAAAGUUGGGCCCCAGAGUGCGAAAAAUCUCAUUGUCAUUCUCGAGGAAGGAAUUUAAUGCUGGGGCUAGAUAUUUCUUGCGUGAGAAUCUACCCAGAAUCGCGUAUAAUAAUCCCACCAUCCCCAUUGAGGUGGAAAUAAGUAAAGAGAAGGGAAUCACGCAAUCACUAAUCGUUGAGCUUGAUGACCCAGAAGAAACGUUAGCUAUCGACUGUCAACGUCAGAGUUCAGACAUUUGUCGUGAUUUGUUGAAUGCCACUCAAGCUGUUCCUGCUAUUCUUUUACUAAAUGAACAGUCCAAAAAAGAUCAUCCGGGCAAAGAUGAGGAUACACCGAGUAUUGAUAUAAAGAAAUGGAUUUAUUGA